AUUGAAGCAACUAACAGAGAAGAUAUUGCGAUAAAAAACAGUGAACUAUGGCACACUUUGUUCUAAUUCAUGGUAUGUGCCAUGGAGCUUGGUGUUGGUACAAGGUUGUCUCGUUGCUCAAAUUGUCCGGUCACCAUGUCACUCCAUUGGACCUCGGCGCCAGUGGAAUCAACCCGAAGCAGCUCGGCGAGCUGGUUUCGGUAUUGGAUUAUGCGCAGCCGUUGAUGGAAUUCAUGGCCUCUUUGCCUCAACACGAGAAAGUGAUACUAGUGGGACAUAGUUAUGGUGGAGUUAUCAUUUCUUUAGCCAUGGAAAGCUUCCCCACCAAAGUGUCGGCCGCUGUUUAUCUCACAGCUUUUAUGCCAAAUCACCAUUCUCCUAUUGCAACCCGAGUAGCCGAGUACUUCAAAAGGGUCAUGGAGGAGCCGAUCAUGGAUUUCGAGCUAUUGUUUGAAGACGGGUCAGAAAAUCCACCAACUCAUGCCAUGUUCGGACCAAAAUACAUGGCGGCAAUGGUUUAUCAACUCUCACCAAAAGAGGACAUAGAACUGGCCAUAACGUUGUUGAGACAAGGAAAGUGGUUCAUGAAAGAUUUGUCCAAGGAAUCCCUGCUGACGAAAGAGAAUUUCGAGUCGGUCAAUCGGGUUUAUAUAGUUUGCAAAGAUGAUUUGCUGAUCAAAGAAAGCUUGCAGAAAUGGUACAUCGAAAAUAGCCCACCAGCAGAUGUGAAGUUCAUAGAUGGAGCCGAUCAUAUGCCCAUGUUUUCCCAGCCCCACCAGCUCUGCAAAUGUCUCCAACAAGUUGCUGACAAAUAUAACUGAACUUUUCACCGAGCCUACUUUGUAAUCAAUAAACAAAACAAGGUGUUCAACUCUCCUUUAAUCUAAUUAGUUCACCCUCUCA